AUGCCUCCGCCCGUCAAUCUCCCAACUCCAGCUGCCGGCGACAUCUUCACCCACAGCGGGAGCUUGAAGGUUACCAACGCUGCAGCGAACAUCUUCGUUGUGUACAACUUCGAUGCAAAGAAGGCGAACCGAUGCCCUUCUAGUCUCACUGUAGACUUUGUCAUGGGAAACGUCUAUCUCAUCGACGCUUCGCUUUGCAGUUACUGGGAGACCAACCGUGUCUUUGGUAAUCUCGUCAAAGGACUCGGACUCCCUUUCGAAGGCUGGUUUGAAGGCGACAACUCUAUCGACACGGUAUACGAUGACAUCGUAUGUGCUAUCGAUGGACAACUGCCCACGUGCUGCUCAAUCGGCACCAUUGCUGGCAAUUUGAUCACCGUUGCCGACCUCACUACUCCUGGUGGGAACGAGCAAACCCAGCCUCCCAGUGUCACAACCAGCUACGUCUAUGGAUGCCGCCUCCUCGAAUCCCAUAUCUCAUACGGCGGUGGCCUUCACAGAGCACGCUCUGCCUGGGCCUCGAUGACAUUCGCUCCUGUAUGGCCAGCCAGCUUGCCCACAAACGGGAUAUCUCACCCCACCCAGAUGGGUACUUCCGGCACCGGCCAUACCCUUAAGACGAGCGUCAUGGAUUGCCAUGAUGCUCCGGAAUAUCGAAAAGCUGAACAGGAGGAAAAGAAAUUGGAACGCGGCGUGGAUAACUUGUUCUUGCAGACUAUCUCAGGCCAAACAAUCGCUACUGCAGAACAAGGAUUGCGGCAAGUACCAAGCUCGUACAUGCCGCAGACUUCCACCGGCCCAGAAAACCAGCUCGAUGGUAUCUCUGAUUCAAGCUGCGAACGCUUGAUAUGCGCAAAUUGCUGCAGAGGAGGCCACGAAGUCAAGGACUGCAUCGGACCGGUGGAUAUCGACGGCUUCAUUGCCGCCUGCCCCAUAUGCAACGUACGCGGCCAUACCUUUACCAGUUGUAGCAAACUGAACGUGUUCAAGAAGACGGCCAAGAGGAACCUGCAAUUCUUAUAUCUCGUCCAGUAUCGACAGAACAAGCCCCCUAUUCUAUCGACUACUUGCUGGAUAGCUGUUUGGGCCGCAAAAGACUGCCCCAGAAUUCAGCUGCCUCAUACGAAGGAGUUUGCCCGGAUGAUUGGCAAGGGGCUGAUUCCAAAUUACCCUGACUGGCGAACUUAUGACUACUCCGCAUCUUUGUCAUCACGAGACGCAGCCAAUGUCGCCUUGCUUCGGGAUCCAAGUACCGAGUAUGAAUACGGAAGACCAUCGAGUCUGUUCCCAGGGACCCAAGGCACUUCCAUAGGCCAGGGAUACAACGUGGUCAGAGCCAAGAUGCAAAGGUUGGGCAUCAAUCUUUUGCCGAAUGCCCCAAACCCGGCAGCGUUGCAGUCGAGGAGGAUGAAGAAGCAAGUCAAGCGAGAUCAAGUCAAGCGAGAUCGCACCAAAGCGGCACUGGUUCAAGGGGAUGGCAGCCGCUUUGCAACAGGGGCAAACUGCACCACUGUUCAGAGGUAUUUUCCAGCUUUGCCAGCAAAACCGGUCUCCACCAGCCCCACGAUCAUCAACAUCAAGGAAGAAGUCAUUGAUUAACGUUUGAAUCGUCGUCACUUGCGGUCGAUCACUUCGAUAUGUUAUCUCCUUAUUGUAUCAUAUUCUAGCUCACGGAGGGAACUUUUUUAUUGUGGGAAUGGGGAGGCGGUAAAUAGCGCGAGG